AUGCCUAGUCUACUAAAGAGAGUUCUAUUCCAAGUUGGCGAUGCCAUGAACGAAAGAACCAUCACUUACUCAUCGGUCUCAAAUGAUGGUCAUUGUAUUUCUAUUAGACCAUUCACCAAGCCAACAGGUGAAAAAGAAGAGAAAUUUCCAAUUGAAUGGGCAUUCGCUUGCACCAAUAAAGAUGUCAAAGUCACUAAACUAUCUGAAACUAGUAUGAAGCAAGAUUUUGAUUUCUUGCUGGAUACCAAUCGUUACUUAGCUGGUGAACAUGAAAAGUCCGGUGAUAUCGUAGAAACUCAGUGGGAUACUUGGGAAUCUGGGUUGAUCCUGGAACACGGUGUUGUUUAUCCACAUGGUAAGGACAAAGAAGGUGUUGCAUUUAAAGAAUUAUGGCAGCCACUUGACUGUUCCAUUGCCGAAGAAACUAUUCUAGCUUCUAGUGAACGUAACGAUGUAUCUAGAUCAAUUGUUCUAAGAACUGAAAAAUCCGAAAAAUGGGAUGGUCUAAUUAUUGUUACUGGUAGAUAUGUUCAAGGUAUUUUACUGGACAAGACUAAGAGUGACGUUACCGGUAUAAGUAUCUUAAGAUUAGUCGAAACUGGUGCCAUGGACUCAUUUUCCCCACUUGUUGUCCAAGGUGAAAACACCCACAAAUUCCCAAAAACUUACGGGAAAUUAGAAUUAGAAGAUGUCAUCAAAUUAGGUGGUAUCGGUUGGGAGGUCAUUGAAUGUCACAACCAAUAG